UCGUAUUUUUAAGUCACCAUCAUGCUAGUACAGUGUCAUGGUAAAUCUUAAGUUGAAUAUGUAAAACACAAUAACACAGGUCAUAACUCACAGGUUUUAAAGGUUGGUACUGUAGUGAACCUCUUGUAUUAGAAAAUUAAAUUGUCACCCACAAGUCCCAUAAGAUGAAAGUUUGAUUGAUUUUUCCAUCCCAAUUGCAAAAGUGUUUAAAGUUUAAGAAAGGGUUGACCUUAAGUCUGUCAAUCAAUUUAUUUUAUAGUUAAAUAUGCAAUGUGAUGCUUGGUCAGCAAAAUGUGAGCAAGUUGUGGGUCAGAAAACAUGUGGAUUUAGCGAUAAUUUUGUUGCAAACAUGACUGAAAGAAAUCUUUCCUUAGAUGAAAAAGAAUACACAAAAAAGCUUGAAGCUUAUUCAAGAAAGUGAAAAGAUUGACUCGCAAUAUAUCGUUUAUAACAGCAGCUUUACAGUCAUAACAUGCUCAGCAUCGGCUUAUUGUUGUUUUUGUCAACCGUCAACACUUUGGAGGUGGACAUUCUUGAUUCUUUUAACUUAAAAGAUGGUCAAAAUGGUGUGCAAGCUACGACAAGCUGCAAAGUGGGAAAUGGUUACUAUUUUGGUCGAACGUCUAACGGUAUAACUGCUGUUAAUGAGGUUCUAAAAGAAGUGGUCGAACUUUUCACACAACACCAUUCGUUUAUUAUCACGUUCAAAGUAAGACCCGAACCAUACCAUAAAGGGUCUAUUCUCUGGUUAGAACAGAAGCGCACAGCGACACCAUUAUUUGGACUGUGGAUGAGGUCGGGAAAAACUGGAAAAUAUGGUUUGCAAUUCUACGGAAAGACUGGAGUUGAAUAUGUUACGCUGCAAGAUACAACUAAGUACGAUGAUGUUGAAUGGCACACUGCAACUCUGCAUUUUCACAAACAGAAGAAAAAGAAUUUAGUAAGCUUGUACGUCAACUGCAAAUUGGUCGAUAAGAAGAAAGCUCGAGUGUUGAUUAAAAAUGGACCAAAAGAUGGUUUAGAACUACGCUUGGGACAGCGAGAAAUAGCUGGAAAAAUUUUCUCCAGGUUUAAGGGCAGUUUAACCAACUUUCGUUUAAUAUUUCAAAGAAAUAUAUCAACGUAUUUGCAACAGAAUAAAUGCAAACCUCCAACCGAACCAUCCUAUGCACCGCCUGCGGAGAAUCCUUUCAAGAAUUUGCCCUUCAAGUCGGUUGCCGGUGCAACAGCAACCACACGCUCAAUUUUGUCAUCUCUGUCAGCAAAUGAAAUUUCAUCCAUCUUUCGUCAUUUGGAAAACCAUGGCAACAACGUGCCGUCAUCGUCGAAAUUACAAGAGAUUGUGUCGCUCUUAAAAGACGUCCGGGCACGCCAAGACAAUCAGGUAUUUGAAAUGAAAAGUUUGAAAGAAUUAGUACUGUUGGGAGGCAGGCGAGACAAUGUAUUCCAAACAUCGAGCAAUCAGAACAUUUCAAGCGCAUGCUCUUCGUCGCCAUGUUAUCCGUUUGUAACUUGCGUGUCAACAGGCGAGACAUUUACAUGUGGUAAAUGUCCUGUGGGUUUAGAAGGGGACGGUGUCAAUUGUAAAGAUAUUAACGAAUGUGAUGAGCUACCCUGUUCGUCCGUAUCAAGAUGCGAGAAUAAAUUUCCCGGAUAUAUGUGCCACGCAUGUCCAAAAGGCUACCACGGAGAGGAAGUGAUCGGAAUUGGUCGCGAGUUUGCUCGUCUCAAAAAACAGGAAUGUACAGACAUUGAUGAAUGCAAAGAGAAUCUUCAUUCUUGUGAUAAACAUUCCAAGUGUACCAACACACCCGGCGGUUUUAAAUGCGGUAAUUGCAACCCGGGGUUCAAAAAAAAUCGACAAGGAAAAUGCUUACCUGUUGAAGUGUGUACAGGAAAAGAUGUUUGCUCUGUUUAUGCAACAUGCGAACGUUCAGUGCAUGGUGCUCGCUGUACUUGUCGUGCGGCAACAGCAGGUGAUGGCUAUGUAUGUGGCAACGAUCAAGACGGUGACGGAUAUCCUGACGUCGACUUAAAUUGUGAUGAUGCGCAUUGUAAAAAAGAUAAUUGCCCCUCUGUACCAAAUAGUGGACAGGAAGACGUUGAUGGCGAUGGUGAAGGCGACGCUUGUGAUGUCGAUAUUGACGGCGACGGUAUUCAUAACGCAAUGGAUAACUGUCCAUACGUAGCAAACAAAGGACAAACGAACAGUGACAGUGAUGAGCAUGGCGACGAGUGUGACAACUGCAUGUUUGUCUUUAAUCCUGAUCAAGAGGACCACGAUCAAGAUGGGAAGGGAGAUGUGUGCGACAGAGACAUGGACGGAGACGGUGAGCUUAAUUUUAUUGACAACUGCAAAACUGUUAAAAAUGCAGACCAGAUGGAUCGAGACAAAGAUGGCGCGGGGGAUGUGUGCGACAAUUGUCCAGAUACAUAUAAUCCUAAGCAGAAAAACAUUGAUGGCGACAGAUAUGGUGACAAAUGUGACAAUGAUAUUGACAAUGACAAGGAUGGACACAUUGACAAAUUUGACAACUGUCCACAUGAAGCAAACGCUGACCAAUUAGAUACAGAUUCUGAUGGAAAAGGUGACGCUUGCGAUGAUGACGACGAUGGAGACGGUGUUGCAGACAAUGUUGAUAACUGCCAUCUAGUUGCCAACCCAGCACAGAGUGAUUUUGACGGUGAUGGUGUUGGAGACGUCUGUCAAGGGGAUGAAGACGGUGACGGUAAAUUAUAUGACGACACUUGUCCUCAAAACAAGUAUGUUUUCACAACAGAUUUCACACGUCAUGACGUUGUGUUACUGGGGACAAUGGAUCGACAAGCUCAAAAACAUCCAAAGUGGGCCUUACAUGAUCAGGGUAGGGAGAUGGUACAAGAGAGAAAUUCGGCGCCAUCUUUAAUUCUAAGUAAGGACAGUUUCAAUGGAUUCGAUUUUACUGGAAGCGUUUUUGUGAACACGAGAAAUGAUGAUGAUUUCAUUGGAUUUGCUUUUGGUUUUCAAAAUGUUCGAAAGUUUUACUUGCUGUCUUGGAAACAAAAAACGCAAAGCUAUUGGCGCAGCAAGCCAUCAUACCUCUCCACGGCGAAAGCUGGUAUCGAAUUAAAGUACAUUCAUUCGUCAACUGGACAGAGUUUUGACUUGCGUGCUGCUAUUUGGCAUUCUGGAAACGUCACUAAUCAAGUGACACAACUAUGGCGGGAUAAAGCGGAGCGAGGUUGGGAGGACAAAGUGCCGUAUAAAUGGUUUUUAAUGCAUCGACCUAGCAUGGGACUUAUAAGAUUAAAAGUUUAUCGACGUAGCGCCAUUUUGCUAGAUACAGGAUACAUCAUACACAACGAUAUCAAGGGUGGUCAACUCGGACCGUAUUCUUUCAGCCAAUCAGGAAUGAUAUGGUCAGAUGUUAAGGUCACAUGUAACGAAGAGAUACCUGAAGAUAUUUUGGCGGCUAUUCAACCAAAAAAAUCGAAUUAGCAAAUGAUAAAUGUAUCAAUUGAAAAAAAAUAACAGCACUCGACAUUUUAGUGAUUUUCAUACACGAGCUUGUCGAACACUUUAACGAAGAACAAUAUCUGGUGUAAACGAGACACAACAAGACAAAAUAUUUCGUAGGUGUCGAAUAUAAUAUGAUGUAUAAAAUACCGUAGUUAAAAAUAAAACCUUUUUAAAUUUACAUCGUUUGUCUGUUUAAU